AUGUGGCUGCAGGUCGUUUUGUUGGGGCUAUUUUUCCCGUCGGCCAUUUUAGGGUUAGAUCAAAGGGCGGUGGAGUUUUCUGUGGACUACUUCAGACACAGAAAUGCCAAAUUUGUUUGCUUGCUUACGUGUGGGGACGAUACUUGGAAUCGCAAUUUCGUGAAACUAGCUGCAAAACAUCACGCCAGGGUGUCCGUCAGUAAGAUUGACCAGUCAAUAAGUAAACUUUCUUUGGGCUCAUGUCUACAGCAAAAAUUUUUCUCUGUCGGAGUGUUGGUCGACCCCACAUGUCCCAAGUUUAAACAGGUCAUGGAUUAUGCAUCACAGAAUGCGUUAUUAGACUCAAGACACCAAUGGUUGAUUAUUAAUACUGACGAUAAUUAUACAGUAAUAAAUAAUGACUAUGCUAAGAAUUGGACAAGCAGCAAUGUAAGAACUAUGUUGGAUAUUAUCGGGAACCUUAAUAUCAGUGUGGACACUGAUAUAACCCUGACUAUACAAGGUGUUAACAGUUUUGAGAUCUUCGAAUUAUUUAAUUACGGUAAAAUACAAGGUGGUGAUUUAAAUAUUAUAAAAGCUGGAUCAUGGUCAGCUGAGAAUGGUAUAAUGACAAACUUAAACGAGUAUAAAUAUUACCGAAGAUGGAAUUUCCACCAUUGGCCCCUGCGAUUCAUAGUCGUCGUGGCAAAACCAGAACAGUUCGAUUUAGAUCGACUACUGCUUGCUGAUAGGCGACAAACGCCGGGUGUCGCCACUAUGCUUAAGACUGGCACGAUCAUACUCAAUGUCUUAGCCGAAAUACAUAAUAUAAGUUUCAACUAUUCAAUAGCAGAUAGAUGGAUUGGUGAAUUUAAUGAAAAAAACAUAUCAAAGAUGGCGGCUGCAACCUCUUUAUACAAUAAACAUCAAGACCUAACACCUAUUCUUCGUUGGGAAAAUGUCAUAGAUAAAGUAGACUUAGUGCAUCCACCAGUGACCUCCAUUGAGACCAGAUACUUCUACCGCAUCCCAACUUACGGUGCUGGAAAAUUCGAGAAUCAGUUCUUGAGGCCACUCAGCUAUGGCUCAUGGAUAUCAGUAGUAAUUGUGAUAACACUAUGCGCGUGCGUUUUGCUGAUAUCAGCUAAACUGGAGAGGCGACGAUCAGCGGGGCAGUACGCCAUCUUCUCUGUACUGGCUUCAAUGUGCCAGCAAUUUUUUGAAGAUAAUACCAGUUUUACACCAAGAGUAUCCGCUGCUCGCCAACUAACAAUUUUUGUGACUGGCAUCUCCUGUGUCUUGAUCUACAACUACUACACGAGCAGCGUGGUCAGCUGGCUGCUGAACGGACCUCCUCCUUCCAUCAACUCCUUGCAAGAACUGCUGGAAAGCCCCCUGGAACUGAUAUUCGAGGACAUAGGGUAUACCAGGUCUUGGUUGCAGAAAAAAUCCUACUACUAUAAUAUAAGAAAUAUAGAAAUCGAAGACGAGCUUCGAAAGAAGAAGGUUUUCAAUAAGAAACCUAAUGCACCACUACUAGUACCCGUCGAAGAAGGAAUAAAACUGGUCAAAGCUGGAGGAUAUGCCUACCACACUGACACCAACAACGCCAAUAGGCUGAUAUCGCAGACGUUCACACAAAGCGAGCUGUGUGAACUCGGCUCUUUGCAAUCCAUGGCGAAGGCGGAACUGUAUCCAGCCUUGCAAAGGAACAGCCCUUACAAGGAGUUCUUUGUUUGGGGUUCCAUACGUCUCUACGAGCGUGGCAUAGUAAAGUUUGUCCAGCGCCGCAUCUCGUCGCCUGCUGUGGAGUGCGAGGGUAGCUCACCGAGGGCUCUGGCUUUGGGAGGGGCCGCUCCUGCCUUCCUACUGUUAGCUGCUGGGUACCUGCUGGCCACGGUUAUUAUGCUGGUGGAGAGGGCAAUCUGGCGACGCAAAUACAAAUCUAAAGUUGUUUUGAAGCUGAAAAUGUAGAAAUUUAAUGAUAUUACCAAGAAAAAGUAGGUUCCCACUUCCACAGCGCAAGUUUCUUAGUUACUUUGCAUAAUGAAGUAAGUAGUGAUUGCUUCAAAGACCUCACGCUUCUUUGCCUCUGUUAAUAUUUAUUAAAAAUAUGCUUUAUGAAGCUUUUGAACUGACUUUUAUAUUUGCCUUUUCAUGAUGUAAACUAAAUUACAGAUUGUAAAAGACAGGUACACAUAACUUUUAUACAAAGAGUUCUGAUUAUCACCAUCAAAGGAUAAUAUUACGAUGAUCACGCAAAAUAACUACAAAGACAACCAGUGUGAUUGUAGAAGGUUCGUGUAAUUUUACAAAAAAAUGUAUGUUACAUAAUCUGAUGGGCUGUAGACUGUAAAUAUUUAGGUACCAAUGUUUAACUAAGAUCUGAGAAUAAUUUAUGAUUCAUUGUUAAACCUUGUGCGAAUGAAAAGUUAUGACUACUUUUCGAAUCAAAGCCUGUCUAGCAUUUAUUUUGCAAUAAUUAUUUCCUCCUAUACUUGUACCUAACUACUCCUGUUUUCACAAAUAAAGUAAA